CCUUGCAGCGCCAUUACAGCCUCUAUCAAUGAAAAUAUUUUGUACUUGCUAUUUUCAAGCGAAUAUGCGGUAGACGGGGCUCGGAAGAGCAGUUGUAUAGUUGUAGGGUUGUCGUUGUCGAUCGACAUAUUUUCCCGAAAAUUGACCAAAAUUUCAUUUGAUUAACGCUCGCCUUCUUGUCUUGUGCAGUAAUCGUUAUGGGAGGAAGGCUCUUGUGAUACUCAUUUAUCCUAGACAAGCUUUUCCCCAGUUUACCACCCGAUUUAUUUUUAUUGUUCAUCGUCUCAGCGCAUCGAUGUUGCUGGCCCUGCAUAAAAUGAAGUAUCAGGUUAUUUGUAGGAUGCAGGAGCAGAUUGGUGAUUAGUGGCCUUGGCUAGGCACACAGCUCGCCAGUGAAGAUGGGAAACCAGCUGGCUGGCAUUGCACCAUCACAGAUCUUUCCAGUAGAGUACUACCUGAAUGAUGUCCCAUAUGUUGAGUUUGUGGCAAGCCUGGGCAGCACGCGCUUCAUGAAGGUGGCGCGCGCCUCGUCGGCCGAGGGCCAGCUGGUGGUGAAGGUGUUCGUGCUGCACGACCCCAGCCUGCCGCUGGAGCAGCACGAGCGCCGAUUGAAGCAGCUGGCCGCCCUUCUGCGCAACGUGCCCAACUGCCUGCCGUUCCGCCGCGUCGUCAUCACCGACCGUUCGGCGCUGCUCCUCAGACAGUACAUACGGUACAGCCUGUAUGACCGAAUCUCGACGCGACCGUUCCUGUCGGAGCACGAGAAGCGGUGGCUGAGUUUCCAGCUGCUGAGCGCGCUGGCCGCCUGCCACCGGCUCGGCGUCUGCCACGGCGACCUCAAGCUGGAGAACCUGCUUGUCACCUCGUACCUCUGGCUGCUGGUGGGCGACUGGGCCGCCUUCAAGCCGGCGCUGCUGCCCGAGGACAACCCGGCCGACUUCGGCUACUUCUUCGACACGUCGCGGCGCCGGCUGUGCUACGUGGCGCCGGAGCGUUUCGCCAGCGGUGGCCUGCUGCCGCUGGCCGACCCCACGCCCGGCCGGCUCACGCCGCCGAUGGACGUGUUCUCGGCCGGCUGCUGCCUCACCGAGCUCUGCACCGAGGGCGCCGUGCCGUUCGACCUGACGCAGCUGCUGCUGUACCGCGCCGGCGAGUACGACCCGUCCCAGGCCACCGGCCGCAUCGCCGACCCGGCCUUCCGCGAGAUGGUGGAGGCGAUGCUGCGACUGGAGCCGGCGGCGCGGCCGGCGCCGGCCGACCUGCUCGCGCGCUACACGCCGGCCGUGUUCCCGGCCACGUUCCAGGCGGUGCUGCAUCCGUACUUCGCGCAGUUCGCCGGCUCCGCGCUGCCUUCGCCCGACGAGAAGAUCGACAAGAUGGCGUCCGACGUGGACCGGCUGGUGAGCCAGCUGUCGGCCGGCAACCCGGUCUCGUUGCAGGAGGACAUCACGCUGGUGAUCGGGCUGGCCACCUCGUGCGUGCGCCGGCUCUGCCACCUGGCCACCAAGGUACGCGCGCUGAAGCUGCUGCUCCGCCUGGCCGGCCACGUGAGCAGCGACGUUAUUCUGGACCGCGUGCUGCCAUACGUGCUGUCGAUGACGCGCGACGCGUUCGCGCGCGUGCGCUGCGUGGCGCUGCAGACGCUGGCGGCGAUGCUGGCGCUGGUCACGUCGCUGCCCGAGAGCGACGCGCACAUCUUCCCCGAGUACGUGCUGCCGAACGUGGGCGCGCUGGCGCAGGACCGCGCCGUCAGCGUGCGUGUCUGCUACGCCACGCAGCUGGCGCCGCUGGCCGAGUCGGCGCUGCGGCUGCUCGAGGCGUCGCACGUGCGCGCCAGCCGGCCCGGCCUGGCCGCCGAGCUCGGCACGCUGCACGACCUGGUGCACCAGAAGGUGCAGCUGCUGCUGACCGACGCCGACAGCUCGGUCAAGCGGACGCUGCUGGUGCGCGGCUUCUCGCGGUUGUGCGCCUUCUUCGGCAAGCACAAGGCCAACGAUCUGCUGCUCUCGCACAUGAUCACCUUCCUCAACGACAAGGGCGACCGCAGCCUGCGUGCCGCCUUCUUCGACGCGGUGGAGGGGGUCGUGUCGUUCAUCGGCCGCCACUGUGUGCCGCUGCUGACGCCGCUGCUGCUGCAGGGUCUCAACGACACGGAGGAAUUCGUCACCGUCAAGGCCGUGGACGCCAUGUGCGGGCUGGCGGCGCGCGGCCUGCUCGGCAAGGCGGCGUUGUACGAGCUGCUGGACGAAGUGGUGCCGAUGGUGGUGCACCCGAGCUUGUGGGCGCGCCAGGCGGCCGUUGGUUUCAUCUGCGCGUGCGCCGCGCAGAUGCGCGUCAUCGACGUGCAGUGUCGGCUGGUGCCGCGGCUGGCGCCGUUCCUGGCGCACCCGGUGGCUUCGCUGGACAGUUGCGCGGCGCUCCUCGCCGCACUCGGCCCACCGCUGCCGCGCGACGUAUACGACCACGUGGCGCAUCCGGCCUGGCAGCUGCACCUGCCCGACGGUGGCGGGCCCGUGCGCAACCUGUUCCGCCGCCUGGUGGCCGACGGCAUGACGGCCGCCGUCGAAGACCACCUGCUCGUGCUGGCCGGACACCUGGCCAAGGUGCACAAACACAAGCGACUGGCGGCAGAGAUGCGGCGGGCGCCCGUCGAGUCGGGCGUCGCCACCGUGCCGCUGGUGGCGCAUCUGCACGAGCACCAGGGUGCCGUGGUGCGGCUCGCGGCCGUCACCGACACGCCGCUGGUGGCGAGCGCCGCCACCGACGGCCAGGUGCGCGUGUGGGACGUGGCGCGUAUGGAGGGCAAAAACAUCGCCAACCGCUCGCGCCAGACGUACACGCGGCCGGGCGGCGGCGGCGCACUCACGGCGCUUACCUACUGCGAGGCCGAGCGGGCGCUGGCGGCCGCCGGCGACGGUGACGCCGUCUGGACGAUCAGUGUCGAGACGAGCACACCCCGCUCGCACCCCCUGCACUACCGCAAGCUGGACGUGGUCGAGGAGGGUAGCGUGGUGGAGCUGACGCACUUCAGCUCGGCGGGCAGCUCUGUGCUCGUCUACGCCACCAUGUACGGCCAGCUGGUGGGCUGGGACCUGCGCGCGCCCGGCACCGCCUGGCGCCUGCAGAACGGCGCGCGCCGCGGUCUGGUGACGGCGCUCUGCGCGGACCCCGCCCACUGCUGGCUGGUGGUGGGCACCUCCAGCGGCGUGCACGUGUGCUGGGACCUGCGUUUCCAGCUGGCGGUGUCGACGCUGGCGCACCCGGCCGGCCCCCGGGUGCGCCGGCUCUGCGUGCACCCCAGCCAGCCCAGCUGGUUCGUCAGCGCCGUGUCCGGCAACUCGGAGGUCAACAUGUGGAACAUUGAGACGGGCGAGCGCCAGAUGACGCUGUGGCCGAGCCAGCACCCGGCGCUGAGCACGGCGCUGCGGGACCACCACUCGGUGACGGCUCUGUGCCCGGUGGGGCCGGCGCUGCUGACAGCCGGCACCGACAUGUGCACGCGGCUCUGGGAGCUGGCCGAGCCGCGCGCCUCGCAGCUGAUCACGUGGCCGGCCCGCCAGCCGGUGCCCGUCACCGGCACGUACCGCUCCCAGGUGGUGGACGGCAUCGAGGUAGUGCAGGAGGUGUGCCAGAAGGCGCGCCGUCCGCUGGACGACUGUCCGCGCGGCCCCGAGCCCACGCCGCCCGGCCACCUGGACACCAUCAGCGACAUCGUCCUGGCGCGCGCCUCCCAGUGGUACGCCGUCACCGCCUCCCGCGACGGCGUCGUCAAGGUCUGGAAGUGA